CAGUGGCCCAUUUUUCUAUAUGCUGGGUCUGACUACGAUGUGGAAGAUCCAUGGAAGGGUUUGUUGAGGAGCAAAAUUCUCAUUUCUGGUUUUAAACACGUCUUCACAUCUCCGAGCUUGGUGGAUAAAGAACUGAAGGCUACACGAUCUGGCAAUGUGUAUCUUCACGGCAUGAAAUCUGUCACUAAAGGAUCCCUAGCUUAUAUUGCUACACAGGUUCACUUUGCGUUAAGUUCAUCAUCAGUAUUUUCACGUACCAACACGGUCACGGACUCGGAAAACUUCUACCAUAGCAUUCUUGAUUUGUUGGAUGAUCCUGAUGAAAAUGAGGAAGUGACUGACCUGCUAACAUGGUGGACGUGUCGUAUUUUUCCUAACUCAUCUUCUUCGCAGUGCAGCAUCAGUAAAAAUAGUGCAUUGUCGAAGAUCCAGGAAAGACGUGCUGCCUUGCAAGAACGAGUCACUGCUUCUAAUUAA